AAGGCACAGAGAAGACAAUAAAGUGUAAAAAACAUAAAAUAUAUAAUUGUUUUGUCACACUGAAAGGAUGUCCUGUCUACAAACAAUACUCACAUGACCAUAUAUGUACAUUGAAACAGGUUCCUCCUGAUCACACUGACCAUUAAAAGAAGCUUUUCUAAUGUGAUUUCAUAUUAAGUGUUUGGGGACAAAAUCCACAGUCCUUCUUCAACAAUAUAAUCUGAAGUUUGUCUAAUGGAGCUAAUAUGGGGCUUCAACAGUCUGAGUAAAACAUGCUAAUAUCUUCCAAAGUCUUCUUAGUACUUAGUAAUAUUCUGCAGCAAAUGUCCUCUUUGUGUUACUACACUGUAGGAGGAAACUGUCUUGAUUGUGCAAGACAGAUUGUGUGAGAGAUAAUAAAUUACAUAAAGAGUGCUGCUAUCAUAAUCAGAUUGUCAGAACCAGAGAAGAAGAAGCAGCGUACAGAUCAGUGCAGCUGGUUGUCAUAAUUUGCUGGUCAAGUAUUUUGAGGUUUGUCUUUAAAGAGGAGGCUGAGAUGACGCCGGACGCUUCAUCCAAGAAGGAAAAACUCUUCGGACUGGUUGUUGUGAGCUUUGGACUCCUGUGUGUCCUACAAGCUGCUCUCAACAUUUCCCUGCGUCUCGCUCUCUACAGUUCCGGUGCAAAUACGCCAGAUCUUGAGGCCGUUAUCAAAAAUCUGACUGAAGAGGGAGAAGAUUUGAAUUGGAAGCUGAGCACCUGUGCUAAUAACUCCCAACUAGGAUGGGUGUAUUUCAACCACAGAUUCUAUUACAUUUCUUCCAUUGUCAAGUCCUGGCAAGAGAGUAGAGAUGACUGUCUGCAAAGAGGUGCAGACCUGAUGAUCAUCAACAGCAAAGAGGAGCAGGAAUUUGGAAGUCAAUUCAAUCGGGACACAUGGAUCGGACUGACUGACAGUGAGACGGAGGGGAAAUGGAAAUGGGUGGAUGGGACUGCGCUGGGCACAAGCUACUGGGGCCCUGGGGAGCCCAACCACGCCAACAGUGCUGAAGACUGUGCAGAAAUAUGGAACCUUCAAAAAGUAAACCACUGGAAUGAUAUACCAUGUAAAAAGCAAAACCACUGGAUCUGUGAAAAGGUGGGGCCUGCAUAACUCUGCAUCCAAACCCACCAGACUGUGAAUCAAUAUGCUGCAGGGUUAGUGGCUCAUCAUCAUGUAUGCAUGUACACAAACACAUACAGGCCUUUCUAGUUUUUCUGUUUUCUUUUACAUUCUAGCAUUCAUUCUGUCUAAACACCUACAUUCAGUGUGUUUAAUCGUGUAAUCAUCCUUAGAUCCUUUAAUGGCUUUUGUGUUUUUGAGUAACAUGAAGUGUAAAAGAUAUACUAUUUUGUUUUUCUUUUGUUUUGUUUUUGUUUGCGUGUUUAAUUGUUCUAUCUAAAAACACCAUUUGUCUGUGUGUUAUGAUGACCUCCUUUCCCUCUCCCUCUUCGCUUCCUUGAAGAUUAGACUCUCUUUAUCUGUAAUGUUCAAAGAAAUAAAUAACACGAUUUUCUCUAAAAGCCA